UCACAGUAUCGUACCUUUCACAGUGACACGCAGCUUUCGGUGAGAGAUAGCCUGACUCACUCAAGUACCUUGCAAGCAUCGCUUUCUCUUUCACAAGCUCGCAGCCUAUUUGCGCGCAUCUGCAAUUCCGGACCAAGUGAACACAGAAAGGUUUCCGGCUUUCACUCAGCCGUCCUCACUCGCAGCCCAUCUCUCUGUUUCGCUUCGCUCCGCACCAUCAACUCCAACACAAGGCUGUGCAACUUAAACACUCUUACACUCCUACCAUUCCUUCCUCAUCCCAAUCACGGCACUCCACUUCGUCCGCACAUCACUGGGUUGUUCUUCAAUCUACAUCCUCGUUCCACUCUAACGUUUGAUCCAGUCUCAUCAUGGCUUCCACAAACGACACCGGUCUCACCAACGCCGUGCGCAUCAACUGUAGUAUAAGUCAGAAGAUACACGGUAGACCUAUCUUUGAGAGCGUCACUGUCACGGACAGAGUGGUUGAGACGAUGAUGUCUGCUUGGAUGCUCAACGGCCAGUCCUCUCCGAUUGCACGUCGCAUCGGAACACCUCUUCGCGCGUACGUCGAACAUCAGCAUGCCAGGGAUGCAGAUGUCCAUAUGGAUUGGACAUACGCUGUCUAUCUCCAUCUGUGCUGCGAACUCGACACAGAGGAGGACUCUGACAUCUGGGGAUGGGCUCCAGACUGCUGGAAGCUCAACACUAUCAGCGAUGCAUACGUCAUAAGAGAAGACGGCCAACCACUAUGUCCCAGAUACCUUGAGGCGCUCUGCGUUUGGAUUUUCCACGAGCUGUACAACGAAUUCGAGGAAGCCAUGGAAGAGCGUUACACCGUGCCGGUCGACAACAGAAAGAAGGUCCUCGCCCUGAUCACCAAGGAGAACUUCGAGACUUACAGAGAAAAGUUCGACAGAGAAGGUCUGGCUGCAGACUACAAGUGGAAGCCGGUAUCAAAGAUGAUGCAGGCAUACCUUCAGGCACAGGCUGAAGGUGUCGGAGGGAAGGAGCAAGCUUGAGCUGUUCCGAAAGCGGCAUAUUUUAUCAGAUUACUCAAUCUCCGAUACAGCCGACAUCGGACAGCUACUCCGCUGGAUCUGGAAGUUACCAGACAUGCGACUUGCAGUGAACA